ACUGCUACUCUAUAAAAGCUAUAUAUCCCACAUGCCCUGUCUUGCCAGCCAUCCACCAAAGUUUCAAUUUGUGUUUGAUAGCAUGGCGCAUAAAGCUUUUCUUACAUUUUUUGUGCUCUUCUUCUCUUUCUCCUAUGUUCUCUCCAUUUCUGCUGAUCCUACAACAAGAAGCCUCAAGUCAAAGAAGGAAGACCAAUCAGUUCAACAUCUACUGGCUCAGGAAGCAAUGGAUUUGAGGGAUGGCGAUGAAGUUUUUGAUGUAGGGGAAAGAUUUAUAGAGGGGAGAAUAUUAAUGGAUUUUGAAACUUCGGACUACAGGGGCACAGGAGCAAAUCCAGGUCAUGACCCAAAACCUCCUGGGAAAGCUUAAAGUCCAGAUUUUAGCCAUUUGUGUGUGUAGAUGUAGAUCUAAACAAACAUAUUGCACUUUGGAUCUUGAAAUAGUUUGGCUUUUCCUGUUACUCAUCAGUGUACUUCUUAUCCAUACUCUUGAGUUGUCCUUGUCUUCUCUUGUACACUGAAUCUUGGAAAGUGUGUGUGACCUAACUUGUGUAUGGUGUUUUUCUUCAAGAAAUAUAUAUUAAUGUUAUAGAUGGUUUGGCUUUUAA